AUGGCCGCUGCUGCGGCUUGUAAACGGGUCGGGCAAUUAGGAACCAAUUCGGGGUUCGGAUUGUCCGGUUUCGGAGGUCCUGCUGCUUCGAAAGUUGCGGUGUCUCCGUCUUUGGAGUACAGGCAUUUGGAUUGCAGACUGACUUCUCAGCUCGUCAAAUCUAAUGGAAAGCGAUUGUUUCUCGUCGACACAUUAGCCUUGGUUAGGAGGUUAGAGGGCCAAGGCGUGCCCUCAAAGCAUGCCGAGGCGAUAACAGCUGCCAUUACUGAAGUUUUGAACGAUAGCUUGGAAAAUGUGUCUAAUUCAUUUGUUUCCAAAGGAGAGAUGCAGAAAACCGAGAUGAUCCAAGAAUCCAAUUUGUCCAAAUUCAAAUCCGAAAUUCAAAGCGCACAGGGACACCAUUUUUCUUUGUUGCAACAUGAGACUGAAAAACUUCGGAAUGAUAUAGAGAAGAUGCGUAGCGAAUUGAGGUAUGAAAUUGACAAAGUUACUGCAGGGCAGCGGUUGGACUUGAAUCUUGAAAGGGGGAGGAUACGGGAAGAGCUAUCAAAUCAGAAUGCAGAAACUAAUAACCUUACUAACAAACUUGAUCGGGAAAUUCAUGCUCUAAGGGCACAGGUGGAAGCAGCAAAAUAUGAUGUCAUAAAAUACUGCAUAGGUACUCUUGUUUCCAUUUCUGCUGUUGGUCUUGCUGUGCUUCGUAUCUUGUUGUAA